AUGGGCGUUAUAACUCAGAUGUGGCCGCCGAAGCCGGCCUUUACAGAGCAUAAUCUUGGUGACUUGUCCAGCAAGGUCUACAUCGUCACCGGCUCCAACACGGGCGUCGGCAAAGAGCUCGCACAAAUCCUCUACUCUAAAAACGCCGCCGUCUAUGUCGCUGCCCGCAGCCAAGCCAAAGCCACUGAAGCCAUCGAAAGUAUCCGCAAAGCCUUUCCUACUUCCACCGGCCGCCUCGAAUUCCUUGCUCUCGACCUGUCGGAUUUGGAAGCCGUGGCAAAGUCGGCCAAAGAGUUCAUCACGAGAGAGCCAAAGCUCGAUGUCUUGUUCAACAAUGCGGGUGUGAUGCAUCCGCCGCAAGGAUCCACGACAAAGCAGGGAUAUGAGCUUCAGAUCGGUGUGAACAAUCUUGGCCAUUUGCUGUUCACGGAACUCUUGACACCCCUGUUGGCGAAAACUGCUGCGAGUUACCCUGCGAGUACGCCCAACACGGUGAGAGUUGUCUGGGUGAGCUCGCUAUACUCGGAAAUGGGUUCGCCCAAGGGGGGGAUUGAUCCAGAGAACUUGGGUUUUACGAAAAAGGAGCAGAGCACCUACUACAAGUACUCUGUGAGCAAGGCUGGCGUGUACUAUCAGGCAGCAGAAUACGCGAAGCGGUACAAGGACAAUGGGGUCAUUAGUCUCGCUGUGAACCCGGGAAACCUCAGAUCCGACCUCCAGAGACAUUACUCAGACGGGCUAAUUAGCAAAAUCAACAAGAAAAUCAUCCUGUUCCCCCCAAUCAACGGUGCAUACUCUGAGUUAUUCUGUGGCCUCUCUCCAGAAGUGACGGCGGAGAGGUCGGGAAGUUAUGCGAUACCGUGGGGAAGAUUUGCCAAGAUUCGAGAAGAUAUUGAAAAGGGAUCGAAGAGUAUAAAAGAAGGAGGAACUGGCCUGGGAAAGAUCUGGUAUGAUUGGUGUUUGGAGCAAGUUGAACCAUUCAUGAAGUAG